AUGUCGACAUCUGACCCCGAACAGAGCUGGGGUGCCUAUGAGAAAAACACGGUGGUCAAACCCACAGUAUGGCAACGCUUCCAGGCACACAUGAAGAAAUGGUGGUGGGUAUACUUGAUUGCAAUUAUUUGCAUAUUUUUGGUGAUUUUCCUGCCAUUAAUUUACGUCGGAAUCCCGCACUUGGCUGACGAGUACAUCAAUAAAUAUCAAUACGAUGAAACCGGCCUGGCCAUCACAAACCCUCGACCCACUGCCUUCCAUCUCAGCCAGUCUCAGAAGAUUGGGUUAGGCGGUGGUUUGAGUGAAAGCGGAUAUCUGUCACAAUUCAAUGCGACGAUCAGUACGACCGACGGCCAAGACUUUGCAGUCUUUCCGCUGCCUGAAAUGAAAAUUAGCAACGGCGCUCAGUUGGAUAUUGACCAAGACCUCGAAUUAUCCUGCGUCGAGUGCUUAUCCAAUUUGGUCACUCAACUAGCGACCAAUCACAGCAUAUCGAUGCUGAUUAAGGGACAUCCCAAGUUGAAGCUCAGUGGGUUACCCACGGCCCAUUUAGAUAUUGACAAGACGAUGAGUAUGAAUGGUUACAAUAUAACCGAAUUCGUCAAUAGCAGCGGGGCGUUCAAUAUCACCAAGGUAGAUCUCUUGAGCCCGGAGGUGGAUGGAUACAACUUCAAUGCCACUGUUUCUAUUCGAAAUCCAACACCAUUGACGGGGCAUGUGGUAUUCAAUCUGAGCAUGGGAGGAUCGUCACUAGGCUACGUUGACAUGCCCAAUCUGACACUCGAUCAAGAUGCUAGCGGCACCGUGGUCUUGGGCCAGGUCGACGAGUCCAUGCUUGUUAAGGAGGCACUGCUGGGUAAUGGUGAUUUUGGUACAGUGACCAUUGAUAUAAAGGGCUAUAGCUGUCACUAUAAUGGCGAGGCCAUUCCGUACUUCGCUGCAGCCAUCAAGGCAGUAUCUGUGUCAGUCACGGUGGAUCUACUGAAAUAUGCAUCUAGCUUGUUCGAUUAG